AUGGCUCCGAAGGACACCUUCUUCCGUUCGUCGGAUAUGAGCUUGACCCAGCUCUAUAUCGCGAACGAAAUAGGACGUGAGGUUGUCAGUGCCCUCGGUGAACUUGGACAGGUUCAGUUCAGAGACCUUAACCCCGACACCAAUGCGUUCCAACGUACUUUCACCAAGGAAAUCCGCCGCCUGGACAAUGUGGAGAGACAACUUCGCUACUUCCACGCCCAGAUGGACAAGGCCGGCAUCCCCAUGAGGUCCUCAUCCGAGUUCUCUGAUAACCUUGCCGCCCCCCUCACCUCGGAGAUUGACGAGCUUGCCGAACGGAGCGAGAGUCUCGAGCAGAGGAUUGCAUCCUUGAACGACAGCUACGAGACGUUGAAGAAGCGUGAGGUGGAGCUCACGGAAUGGCGUUGGGUGUUGCGGGAAGCGGGUGGCUUCUUCGACCGUGCGCAUACCCAUACCGAGGAAAUUCGCCAAUCCUUCGAUAAUGACGAGGCGCCCCUUCUCCGCGAUGUUGAGCAGCAGACCCACCGCGGCCAGAACGGCGACGCUCAAGGCCAACAGUCUUUCUUGGAGAUGAACAUCGGAUUCGUCGCUGGAGUGAUUCCUCGGGAUCGUAUUGGCGCCUUUGAACGUAUUCUCUGGCGAACGCUGCGUGGUAAUUUGUACAUGAACCAGUCGGAGAUUCCGGAGCCCAUCAUCGACCCCACCAACAACGAGGAGACUCAUAAGAAUGUGUUUGUGAUCUUCGCGCACGGAAAGAACAUCAUCGCAAAGAUCAGGAAGAUCUCUGAGUCUCUCAGUGCUUCGCUGUACAGUGUUGAUGAAAACAGCGAGUUGAGACGUGACCAGAUCCACGAAGUGAACACCCGUCUGGGCGAUGUGGGCAACGUCUUGCGCAACACGAAGAACACUCUCGAUGCGGAGUUGACGCAGAUCGCUCGGUCUCUUGCGGCGUGGAUGAUCGUUGUCAAGAAGGAGAAGGCUGUGUAUGACACCUUGAACAAAUGCUCCUACGAUCAAGCGAGAAAGACCCUCAUCGCGGAGGCCUGGUGCCCUACAAACUCCCUGCCUUUGAUCAAGUCGACUUUGCAGGAUGUUAAUGACCGUGCUGGCCUGAGUGUGCCCACUAUUAUCAACCAGAUUCGGACGAACAAGACCCCUCCGACCUAUAUGCGCACGAACAAAUUCACCGAGGCUUUCCAAACGAUCGUCAACGCCUAUGGUAUCCCGAAGUACUCCGAAGUCAAUCCGGGUUUGUACACGGUGGUCACCUUCCCCUUCUUAUUCGCUGUCAUGUUCGGUGAUUUCGGCCAUGGUGCGAUCAUGACCAUGUGUGCUGUUGCUAUGAUCUUCUGGGAGCGGAAACUGCAAAAGACCAAGUUGGAUGAACUGACGUACAUGGCCUUCUACGGUCGGUAUAUUAUGCUUAUGAUGGGACUUUUCUCCAUGUACACGGGGUUGAUCUACAACGAUAUCUUCUCGAAGUCUUUCACUAUCUUCAAGAGUCAGUGGCAAUGGCCCGAGGACAUCCAACAAGGACAGACUGUCGAAGCGACUUUGAGAGAUGGCUAUCGGUUCCCAUUUGGUCUUGACUGGAACUGGCACGAAGCUGAAAACUCUCUGUUGUUCAGCAACAGUAUGAAGAUGAAAAUGAGUAUCGUGCUGGGCUGGGCUCACAUGAGCUACGCCCUUUGUCUCCAGUAUGUCAAUGCCAGACACUUCAAGUCGAAGGUCGAUAUUAUUGGCAACUUCAUUCCGGGAAUCAUCUUCUUCCAGUCCAUCUUCGGUUAUCUUGUGCUCACCAUUAUUUACAAAUGGUCUGUGGAUUGGCAGGCUAGGGGACAGUCACCUCCUGGACUUCUGAACAUGCUCAUCUUCAUGUUCCUUUCGCCUGGGACGGUCGAGGAAGAGCUCUACCCCGGCCAGGCCAAGGUUCAGGUUAUUCUGUUGCUCCUUGCCGUCGUCCAGGUCCCGAUCAUGCUCUUUUUCAAGCCGUUCUACCUCCGCCGGGAGCAUAACCGCGCCCGCGCUCUGGGAUAUCGCGGUCUAGGUGAGAACUCCAGAGUCAGUGCACUUGAAGAUGACGGCGAUAUGGACGGUGGAGUUGGCGGCCGUGACAGCAUUGCCAGCGAAGGUGAAGGGGUUGCCAUGAUCGCCCAGGACCUUGGGGAGGAGGAGCAUGAGGAGUUCGAGUUCUCUGAAGUCAUGAUCCACCAAGUCAUCCACACGAUUGAGUUCUGUCUUAACUGUAUCUCGCACACAGCAUCCUACCUGCGUCUUUGGGCUCUUUCCUUGGCCCAUCAGCAGCUGUCUAUCGUUCUGUGGAGCAUGACCAUCGGUGGUGCUUUUGAGACGGAGUCUCCCACCAUGCGUGUCAUUAUGAUCGUGGUCACGUUCUACCUGUGGUUCACGCUGACUGUGGCGAUUCUCUGUGUCAUGGAGGGUACCAGUGCCAUGCUUCACUCGCUCCGUUUGCACUGGGUCGAAGCCAUGAGCAAGCAUUUCAUGGGCGAAGGAGUGCCAUUCGCGCCGUUCAGCUUCAAGACUUUGCUUGAGGAGGAUCCGGUGGACUGA